GUUUUAUAAUCGAUUGUUUAUUUGAAAUCUAUUUUCCUAGUUUUUACUACAAAAUUAUCGUUCAAUAUCCAUCUCAUUUGCAAUUUUAAACCACAACAAUUCUCGAUUUGUUCUUCAUUUGUUUCUUUUAGUUCUCCAUGAUCAGUUGUUUCAACCAAUUCUAUUUUUAGCCACGAUUUAAUUUUAUCGAAACAAUUCCAGUAGAUGCCCUUUUGUUUUCUUUCUAAGAUUUUCCCCUUUGUUUAUUAACAUAGUUGAUUGGAAAACAGGGGCUUCAACCUUCAAGUGACCAUUGGAUCAUACUCCUAACAUUCCGGUUCGAAUUGUCACCUCUUGAUUGAGUUAUCCCCCGAGGACAAUUUUCUUAUCGCAUGCCUAAAUUUCCUCUAGAUCUCUUUCUCUCUCUCACACACACACAUUUUAUUUGUUAUGUUGAAGAGUGAUAAUUAACCUCAAAUAUCACCGGCUAAACCUAUUUUUAUACCAAACCUCUUAGACAUAAAUAUAAUUAGCAAAUGCUAAUUUAACUGCUCUUACAAAUUUGGUAAUGAUAGACAGUUAGGAAGGUUUUUUCUGUAUUGCUAUCAAUGUUGUUUGUUAAAGGGUUCAGCUGGAGUAAAAUGAUGAUGAUCACCAGCCACUUCCAACCACCAUCCCCACCACCUUCUUCAAUCUCUAAUAAACCUUCAACUUCAAGAAAACAAUUUACUAACAAACACCCUUCACCUACUUUGAUCUUUAACAAAAUUUCUCCAUUUCUUUCUUUCAUUGCCUACACAAUAUUGGCUGUUCCAAGUUUUGAUUCAUUUUCUUGGGAGAAAAAAAGAGACAAUGGAUGGAAUCUCAAGAAUGUUGGUGCUGUCAAUGUUCUUUGCGAUUUUUUUUGGUUUUCAAGGAGAGAAGAAUGUGGUAGUUAUGGCCAUUGAUGAAGAUGCAAAAGCGCUUUGUAGCGUUAAUCUUGCAGAAUUUCUUCCUCCGCCUUAUGGUGGCCUUGAAAAUAUGGUUUGUCAACCUGUUUGGAACUCUUUCCUGCUGCGUUACUCUCAGAGUAAAGACAAUGUGGUCACCAUUGUGUUAUCAACCAUUUACACAAGUGGAUGGGUAGGAAUGGGGUUCUCCCACGACGGAAUGAUGAUCAAUUCUAGCUGUAUGGCUGGAUGGGUGACUCCUGCAGGUCAUGGAAAAAUCAAGCAGUAUUAUGUUGAAGGCUUCACUCCCUCGAAAAUCAUACCAGAUAAAGGAGAGCUGCCAUUGACAACUGUUCCACCUCUCAUUUAUCUUCAAGGUGCCACAGUUUACUUGGCCUUCCAGUUGAAGUAUCCAACUCCGCUCAAAACUCAACCAAUGUUACUAGCUUUCUCCAGCAAAUAUCCUCAACACCACCAUCUAACCUCUCACGAAGAUAAAACAACCAUAAAAUUUGACUUCUCUUCAGGUACUACAUAUGCUGCCACUGCUACACCUAGUAACUAUAUUAGCUCAAAGAAGACCCAUGGCGUAUUGGGUAUAUUGGGAUGGGGACUAUUCUGCCCCUUUGGAGCAAUUUUUGCAAGAUACUUUAGGAGCCAACCGUUAUGGUACUACUUCCAUAUAUCUGCUCAAUUCAUAGGAUUCAUACUAGGACUUGCCGGAGUGGUCGUUGGUAUUCAGCUCAACAACAAGCUGCAACCCCAUAUUCCAGGACAUCAAGGCAUAGGCAUUCUUAUUCUUGUGCUUAGUAUUCUUCAGGUUUUGGCAUUCUUUGUACGACCGGAUAAAGACAGCAAGUAUCGCAAGUACUGGAAUUUGUAUCACCGUUGGGUGGGGAGGAUUGCUCUCUUCUUUGGGGCUGUGAACAUAGUAUUGGGGAUGCAUUAUGCAAGCGCAGGGCAAGGAUGGAAAAUAGGUUAUGGAUUUGUUCUCGGUUCAACAAUGCUGGCAUGCAUCAUCCUGGAAACGAUGUUAAGGCUAAAGAAGUUGGAUGAACCAACUCUUCCUUCAAAUUACCCCACGACUUCAAUCUAGCAAAGAUCUAAAAAUUAGAAUUGUUAUAGGUAGACUGGGUGAACAAGUCGAAAUUUUCCCUCCAAGCACUAAGUUCAUUCAGCACUAGGAGUGCUCUUUACCAAAAAUUGUAUAGGAAUUCUGUCCAGAAUAUGCUUUUGUGGUUGAAUUUGGAUUCUGCAGGCUCAGUACUAGUGCUCUUCAAAAUUUCUCCUUUGAAGGACAAACUGAACUUUGCCUUCUUUAUUUCACGUUCUUCAGUGCUUUUGAAGAGAUUACAUGUAUUGACAACUUUUAUAUAGCAAAAAUUUGUUUGUGGA